GACCCGUUUUCCGUGUCGAAAUUUAGUCACCAAGAUUUGAUUUCCGGUGAUCUUCACAGCGACUUCCAUCUGACAUCAACAUUUUUUCAUUUUACACAGCAAAGCCAGGUGUGAUGUGAGCCUUUUACUAUGAGGUGUGUGAUCUUUGCCAGCAGGCUUGGCUGGAUGAGACGGCCAUGUCUCUGUUACAGUAGAAUCCCACUGAGACUUACACAGGCUGCAUAUGCAACUAAACUAAAACGGCAUGAGUUUGUGACUGUUACACAUUAUGAAACUCUAGGAAUAAAUCGAGAUGCCACGCCAAAGGAUAUCAAGGAGGCCUUCAUCACAAUGUCCAAAAAGUACCAUCCUGAUGUUAACUCUGAAGACCCUACAGCCACAGCGACGAUUGCUACCAUCAAUGAAGCCUACUCGUGUCUAAGUGAUGAAAAUCUCCGUAGAAUAUAUGACGAGGUCACGUACGGCUCAGUGUUUCAGAAACAGGAUUAUUAUGUGCCUAAAAGAAAUCCUGGUGAGAGUGAAGAAAGUUACAGGGCAAGGUUUCAAAAUGAACAUUCUGUAGCAUGGUAUUUACACACUCUGAGGGAUAGGACUCCCAAUGUACAAUAUGCGAGGAGAAUUUUUAUGAGAGAUGUAAAGAUUCUGGCUGCCGUUAUGAUCAGUCUCCAUGUGUUAUUCUUUGUUUCUACUUUGGACGAUGACCCAAAACUAGAUAGGAUGUCAUAUAGAAAUUUUUACGAUGACUACAAAAUGGGACGAACAGACAAAUCGGCAAGCAGUCAAUACAUCAAUAAUUACUUUGAGGAUCAGUAUAAGGAAAAGUAAACGACCAACGGAAACUCUAAAUUUCUACCGUGUCAAAAUUCUUCUCUGAAAAUUACAGUUGGCUGUUGAAAAUAACAUUUAAUUUUGAGUGAAAAUAAUAAGCAAUAUACAUAUAUGUAUAUGUAUAUAUGUACUAUGUCAUUGUGGUUGGAGUCACAUUUGAGGAUCUUGAAGAAAAAAUGUCAUGUUCUAUAAAUAUAAAUCUGAUGUAGUUUUAUGUUUUAGUGGUGAGUUGCCUGAUUAUCCUGGACAAAUCUUUGAAAAAUUAUAACAAAACACUUUCUGAAUGAAGUAAGGGCAGUCACAUUGUUGACCUUUUAUUGUCUCAGCUGACAAUUUAUUCAAACAGUCCUGUUGAAACUAGCACCCAAUGUCAACACCAAUGCUGGACAUUUCCUUGGGUCUUGAUACUUGUUUAUGGUAGACUAUACCACUCCAUAUCAGCCUGGGAACAAAAUCAGGGUGCAUUUUUUGUGCAUGGUCUAUCCAUCUCAAUUUCAUUUUUCUUUGCUUCAAAAUGUUGUCAGUGGGAGGUCAUAAAACUAACCAAAAAGAAUUUAAAUAAAUAGAAGGGAUGCAUCUGUUUGGAAAUUGAUUGUUUUGGACAGAGGUGGCCCUGUAACAAUAAUUUUCCUUGAUUAAAUAUACAUAAAGUUUUUAAUAUGGUAUGUAUGUGUUUUGUUAAUUAUGAACGUGUUAUGGUUAAGAACUUAAUUUAAUAUCAAUAUACAAAUUAUUAAUAUUAUAUGACAAUGCUGUGUGUUACUGGAAGUAAUAGGGUAUUGCUAGAAAUUGGAAAGUAAAGGUCCAACAAAUUGAUGUGUUUGAGAAUGUGAUAAUAUAUUUCUAUUGCUCUAGCCAUUCAUAACUUGGUUGAAGGAAAUAAAUGAUUUUUAUCAAAACUAAA